AGCGAAUAAAUUUUCUGCAAUAAAGCAAACUCUUAGGGCUUGUGGGGGAUUUCCUUCCGCUAUACGUAGGCAGUGUUGCGUUACGUACGACGCGUUGCUUAUAUUGCGGCGGCGCUCUAACCACUAACAACGACAACGGCAGCAGAGACAGCAGCGUCGAUAGUAGCGCCAGUCCAGUGCGAUUACGGUGGGUUGACUAUUUGUUUGUUGGCUGAAGUUGUUUUCAGUCUGAAACGAAUUGUUGUGAACGAUGGAUGGAAGAGCAGUUGGCUGCGUUUAGAAUAUUUCAACGGUUUUGGAGGAAUUAAAUACUUUUUUGAGUAUGUAAAUUGUCGAUGGGGCAAAAUAGAGAAUAGUCAGUGUCAGAAUUGCAAAGUCAAUGUGUGUUGAAGUACAGUGACAGCCAGACAGACGGUAGUGGAAGUCGGCUUACGUGCAUACAGCCAUAAAAUCAGAUAGGCACUGAAGCUUGAAGAAAGUGGAAGUUACAGAGCGAAAAAAGUUUGGGAAAAUAACCAAAAAGUGCGAUGAUGACAGAUAGCAAAAGCCGGUGAUUUGAGUAUACAAUAAUAAUUGGAAGAAUAAAAUAAUUCAAAAAAAGCAUUGUAUUUUGUACUAUUGAGUUUAUAUUUAUGUAAAACAAUAAUGAAAAGAAAUUAUAAAUAAAUUAAAUGAAAAAAUAUACACAUUUAGAUAAAAAAAAAAUUAAACAAAUAUCUAUACGGACAAAACUUAUUGCAGCAUAACUGAUUAACUGACAGAGAUUAACAUAACUAAAUUUUUUAUACUGAAAAUUAGUACAAGCAAUUGUUGCUUUAAGCUAAUGCGCCUAAAACUCCAUCAAGUCUGGCAGUAAACCAUAAACAACACACACUUACACGCGGAUAUGAUAAGGUAGAAGAGAACAAGCAGAAAGGACAUACGAAUUUUUUUGCACAUAAACACGAAAGCGAGUGUAAAGACAAAGGUUAAAUAGUGGCAACGGCGAUGCUUAACCUGUCACCAGAGUAUUGCGUGCGCUCAUGUAUGUGUGUAUAUCCUUGAAAAGAAAAUAAAAUAAAAAUCAAAAAAACCAAUCAAUCAAAUUCCAGACUCAGUGCAGUGCAGCGGUAUUUACCGUUGUUUAUCUCUAAUUAAUAAUAAAUUUUUCGUAUAAAAAAGUGCCAUAAACGAUUGUUGAAAAACGAAAGUUUAUGAAAGUUCUAAAUCUGAAAAAAAAGUGAAUGAAAAUUAUAGCAAAACAAGCGAGCCACAUUCGAAGAACCGCCAACUGCUUGAAAAUAACAAAAACAACCCCAAAAAAUACCAGAAAUAAGCAAAAUCAACAAAACAACAACACCAAAGUGAACGACUAACGAAGGAUCAAAGCAAAAAGGAUAAUUUAUAUAUUUCGUACAGCAGUGGGUGGCAUGCUACACAAAAGCAAAAAGGGAGAAGAAAAACCAAAAUUUCAACACAAAGCAAAAACAAACGAAUGAGACGCGCAACGUGUCUGAUAAAAUCAAAAGUAGAAAAAAAUCUUCAUAUCUCAUAGACACCAGUCCCGUGUAUUUAGCUUUCUUCUGCCAUAACUGCUGUAUGGCAUGAUAAGCAAGGAUUAUAAUAAAAGCAAAAACAAAACAAGCAAAUAAAAGAAAUACCGUUAACUUGUACUCCCUGCUGACAGUGGAAUUGUGAAGUGCAUUAUUUGUUGGUGUUUAUGUGUGUUUGUGUUAUCGCUGCGAAAGGUGGUGGCUCAAAUCAAUGAAUUCCUUUUGCAUCUAGUAUAUCUCUUUGGCGAUGAUCGGCACACACUGUUUGAGGCGUAUAUAAAAUAAUACAAAGACUGCAAUUUUUGUAUUUUCUCUUUCACAACCAAUCAAUAUCAUAACAAACCAAAUAACCAAACGAUCAACUUGAAGUUUUUCUUAACCAUUGACUGAUUUACUCUGCCAAAAAAAAAGUUUAAAAUCAAUAAAUUCAAUAAAAGUAAUCAAAUUUAUACUAAGGACUUAAAAAAGAUAAAAACUUUCAAACGUAGUUAGCUUUUAAACCAAAUUUACAAAACCAAAAUAAAUUUUGUAGCUUUUUAUAUGCAAGCAGUUUUCUGGUCGAACAAUAACUACAUUAUAUUAAUUAAAAAUAGAUAUGGAAAAUUAAAUAUAUAAGCGAAGCAAAAAAAAUUUUCUGGGAAAAUAAAUCAACUUUUAUAUAAAUAAAAAUAAAACAAGGAUUUACUAAAAAUUGUCAGUUCCACGUCAUUCGACGUAAACACCUUAACGUUUACCGUUCAUCUUCUUCAUACUCAACUCAAAUUUUCAUACGCAAGAUACAUACAAUUCGCUCGGUACAGUGGUGAAAGGAAUGCAGCGUUGUCCCUAUAUACAUGAGAUGCGAGAACGUUUACUGAACGAGCAGCCGCAGCGUGAAUCAGUACCGUUAGAGCAAAUGGAGCGCGCAAAUUUACUAGAUAAUCGGCAAUCAGCUGAUUCGAAUCAGGUCGGCACAGUAGUCAAGCUACACGCCGAUGGCUAUCACACGAGUCCAGCACAUCAGCGUACGCCUUUGGUGCCGCGCGAUUUGGGCGAGGAUUUCAAUUUGGAUUUUGACGAUGAUUUUCCGAUCGAUGUGCGACGGCCAAAAAAUGCCAAGGUUUGUUAUUCAAUUAAGCCAAAUCCAAAUCGAAGUUUUCUACCAGCAAAAAUCACCGUGCAUGGCACAUAUGAAACUAACAUAAUAACCGGACCGAUUGAAUUAUGGACAUCACUGUUCAUCGUCACCAGUUUGGUGUAUGCCAUCAUUUUGAUUGUUGUUUGCAUUGCAUAUGUGAUCAGCGAUGUAACAACUCACCGUCUGCCAGUGCUCUAUUAUGAAACGUUCUUUACGUAUUUAUAUGGUGUCAGCAUACUCUUCCUAUUGUAUGUCUUUUGCUUCCUGUUGCAGGAGAGUUCCUGCUGUAAUGGCGGCAGUAAACCGAAAUCACCACCUAAGGAGAAAAAAUCCAAGAAGAAAGUACCAGAUCCAGCCGAUUCGAAGGAUGCGAAGGGCUCUAAGGAUUCUGGCAAGAGCGGCAAACCGAGUCCCUAUCAGGAACGAUAUCCGGUUAAGAAACGUGAUCUGGUACGCCAGUCCUUGUCGUUACAGGACUCACAAGCUGAAGCUGAGGUUGCUGUAACUACGAAGAAUGUGCGCAAACGCAAAACAACCCAUAGCGAUCCAACACAUGGCAGCUUUUUCUUGCGUGUCGGCGCGAUCGCUUUCGGUUUGGGUGCUAUGAUCUAUAUUGGACUGGAGUUUGGCUCUUUCUUCGAGAUUCCCUUUGAUUCACCAUGUCAUCACAUUUUGAUUGGCGUCAAUCCAUUGCUGCAGAUGAUUUUCACUUUUAUGCAAAUGUAUUUCAUCUUCAUGAAUGCCAGACUCAACAUCCAUCGUUUCAAGGUGAUCGCCCGCUUUGGCUUGAUGCACGUCGUUGCCACGAAUAUUUGCGUUUGGAUACGUACCCUUGUCAAAGAAUCAUUACUCGAAAUCACCCUCUAUCAUCAACGUCGCGAACCCGAUCCCGAAGCCUCGUCCAUUGCCAAGUCCAUACGUCAACACGCAUUGCGACAUGCUGGUACAGUUCUGCGCACACACGCCGGUCCGAAUGAGGAGUUUGAGGUACUGGACGGCGAGGAUCUACUUCCCGCCAAUGCCUACAAAACCGACAAUGUACUCUCGAAAUUGGUGCGCAAAACUGUUGAUGGCAUCUCCAAGUCGCUGGGCAUGGGCGCUGCUGCUGGUGCUAAUGCCAAUGCAGCGCUCACCACGCUGCUCACAUCCACCAAUAGACCCACGACCACCACCACAACCACUACCAUCACCCCACGUUCCUAUUUCACCACACCAUCGUACCAGUGGCAAAGCACUACUAUGGCACGCAAGUUGAAGAAGUUUAUCACGAGCACAACAGCUGCCACGACCACAACGUUGCGCACAAUGCCAAGCACAACAACAACACCGUCGACAACAACACUGGCGAGCAGCCCAAUUACCACCAUGACCACAACAACUACGACCACUGAGACACCCUUCCGACAACAUUUCGAGCACUCGGCAUUUACAACUGGUGGCCCAAGCAUUGCAACCGAUUAUCUGAUGUCCACUCAUGGUGGAGGCGCUGCAGGUAUUAUGCCACCAUCAACCACCGCCGUUGUCGAUGAGUCUGUAUCCACCAGCUUCGGUUCGGGUCUUUCCUCGUUCUUUAAUAAUCUAGUCUCGUCAACGCCAAGUACCACCGUUACCACCGGCACACCAUCCACCACCACCGAGAAUGCUUUGAACGUGAUGACCAAUUUACUGGGUCCGGGCAUGAACAAUUUCCAAACCUACUCGGGCAUUUCGCAUCCUGAGGCAACCAGUGUUGUGAGUUUUGAGAAUCUUGAGAGCCUAGAUAAUAUCUACCCCGCCGCAUUGUCCUCUAAUAUUGGCACUUUGAAUUCGACCGCAUGUGGACGUGUCGAUAUUAUGGGCACCAUUGUUUACGACUCGGCACCCUUUUUGUAUCCUUUCAUCAUUGAAUACUCGCUAAUCGGCGCAGUUGUCUUGUAUGUGAUGUGGAAGCAUAUUGGUCGCUAUCCAGGUCGUAUGAAUGAUGAGGAUUUGGAGCAUCGUUUGGAGGUUAUGCUGUCACGUCGCGCUGUCGCAAUGGCACAUCAGGCACGUUCGGGACGUGUCGAUUGUGUGGGCUCGUCAAAAGGGUUAUUCUUUGGUCUGUUGUUGUUGGUAGGUGCUUUGAUUUGCCUGAUACUCUUCUUCGUCUUGGUGCGUCAUCAGCAGUUCUCGCUGCUAGCAAUUUACCUCGCCGACGCAAGUCACUGCAUACUCAUGGCAUUCGCUGUGCUCGCCAUUAUCAUCGGCUUUAUAAGGGUCAGAAAUCUGAAAUUCCGCUGCGAAGAGCAAUCCAAUCUCAAUGACAUUCUUCUACGUAUCUCCGCUUUCGGUCUCUUCACCUAUUCGGUAUUCGGUGUCAUAGCCGGCAGUUUGAAGGCGUUCGAAAACGAACCGAAUCUUCUAGUCAUGACCACAAGCGCCGUGGCGGUAUUCCAGGUUAUCUUACAAUUGCUCUUCAUAGCCGAUGUCUCGCGUCGUCGCGUCCAUUUGCCCGAACAUGAUCGCAGCAAACCGGGCCGUCAAAUUGUCACAUUCCUUUUGAUCUGCAAUGUGGCUAUGUUUGCUAUUUACACAUUUGAAGCUCAUAAAGUAUUCGCCAAUCCUGUAAGUAGAUAUGUUCAACUUGACUUUUACGGUUUUGUGCCAUGGUCAAUAAUACAACGCGUCACACUGCCACUUUGCAUUUUCCAUCGUUUCCAUAGCGCCGUAGCAUUGGCCGAAAUCUGGAAGACAACGUACAAGGCACGAUUGGAGUAAGGAGUUUUCUCACAGCGAAAAGGCAUGCAAAGGCACAGAGAAGAGCACAGAGUAAAGGAAUGAGAAAGGCAGAGAGAUAGAGGGAGAGAAAGAAAUUGGAGGAGUGUUCAGUGAAAUGAAACUGCCAAAAAGCAAAUUAAAAAGGUAGCAAAACAAGACGUAAGGGAAGAUGGAAGGCGUAAGCGAAAAUCUUGGUAUGAAAUAGAGUAAAGUUAAAGUGGGUAGAAAAUGCAGUUAAAUUACGUAAAAUCAUAUAACAGUUAAAUUAUUAAAAACAUUAUUGAAUUGCUAAUACUUCUUGCAUGUGUGUUGGAAGAAGACAAAGAAGAAGAAGCAGACAAACAUUGAAGCGCUCUCGGGCGGGAAGAGUAAAUUAAAAAAACAACAACAACAACCAAUUACUUAAAACAAUGAACGAUUGCCCGAGUACCAAACACACACACUCAUAUACACACACACAAACAGCAUACAUUUGCAUACAUAUAGCCGAGAACACAGCCACUUGCAUAAAUUCAUACACUGAGAGAAAUAGUAGUGAGGAAGAGAAAAAUAUUUAAAAUUCAGUAUACAAAAAAAAAAAAAAAAAAAAAAAAAAAAAAAAAAAAAGAAACAAGAGAAAAAAUGAAAAACAUUUGCGUACAUACAAUAAUUAUGGCAAAUUAAAUUAUGCAUUGUAGUCGCAUCUGUGCAUCUGAAUUAGAGCAGACAAAAAAAUAAAAAAUAAAUAGUUGUAUAUUUAAGUGUAAUGUUAAGAAUUUUACUUAUUACUUAAUUAAUAAAAAUGGAAUACAUAACAAUUAUUAUUAAUUAUGAAUAAAUAGUUAAGUGAGUACAAUUUGUAGAUUUUCAAGCGUGUGUAAAAUUAAUUUUUAAGUCACCGAUAUAUAUUGUUUAUUAAAAAAAAGAUGUUGAACCGGAAGACAACAAAUUAAUAACAAAAAAACAUAUAUUAAAAUAAAAUUUAUUUGUAUAAAAAUUUGUUGUUUUAUGGCAAAUUUAAUAGUGAAAAAAAUUUAUUCAUAAUUUGUAUAUUUCUCUGUUUUGUUUUGCUUUCUUUGGCUUUCUCUGCUGGGCAGCCACUGCGAUAUCUUUUAUGCUAAGUCAUAUUUUUUAAAUAAUUUCAAAAUGUGAGCUUCGUAGGCUGCAAGGCGAAUUAUGUAGUACUUAAAUAACCAUGAGUUCAUUAUAAUUUAAAAUACAUACAUAUGUGUAUUUAAAAAAUAUUUAAGUGGCAAAUUGCAAUUUUAAUUAUUUUCUGUUAACAUUUUUGUUUAUUUAUUAAAAUAUAUAUUAUAUAAAUUGAAAACUGUAUAAUUUUCUUGUGUAUAUUUUUUUUUUUUUAAAUUAAAAACUUACAAGCGAAUAUUUAAAUUUUAAGCAUAAUUUGCAAUUUAUGUAUAUGUAAUUUAAUAAUAUUAUACAUACACUACUCAUGAUAAAUAUCUAACUCUCAAGUGAAAAAUAAAAUAAAGUUAAAAAGUAAUAUUAAGUAAAUGAAAACCAAAAUUAUAUAUACA